AUGGCCGACCACGGAGACGAUCUCGCCGCCACCCAAACCGAGGGGUUCAAGGUUGGAGAGAAGAAGACCAUCGAAGAGUACAACCAGCUCGACAAGGACGAUGAAGCCAUGCAGCGCUGGAAGGCCUCGCUGGGUCUGAACGCCGGCGAGCCCAUUCACAACCCCAACGAUCCCCGCAAGUGUAUCAUCAAGUCACUCUCUCUACAGGUUGAGGGCCGCGAAGACGUUGUCAUCGAGCUGGCCACGCCCGACGCUGUCAAGGAACUCAAGGACAAACCAUUCAAGAUCAAGGAGGGUUCCAAGUUCCACAUCAAGGCUACUUUCGAGGUUCACUAUGACGUCCUGAGCGGUCUGAAGUACAUUCAGGUUGUGAAGCGCAAGGGAAUCCGCGUUAGCAAGGAUGAGGAAAUGCUUGGUAGCUAUGCGCCCAACACCAACGUCAAGCCUAUUUAUGAGAAGAUCUUCGCCGAGGAGGAGGCCCCUUCAGGCAUGAUCGCCCGCGGACACUACAAUGCCACGUCGAAGUUCCUCGAUGAUGAUCAGCAUGAACAUCUGCUGUUCGAGUGGUCCUUUGACAUUGCCAAGGAUUGGUAG